AUGGGGAAGGCAAGUCUUGUCGCUGCCAAAAAAAGAGACAAGCUUAGAAAUUGGAACGAAUACCUUACCUCUCCAUCAAUUAGAAUUGAUGGACACGUGUCAAAUAUUGAACAGGCUGAUAAUUAUUUGAUUGAUUAUAAUUGUAUUCGUUAUGGUCAUGUAGAAAAUGUUUAUAGCAAUGUCAGAGAAAUAUAUUUUAUUCCAUUAGAAGUUGAUGAUAAAGUACCUGAAGUUGUGACAUUUUUGGAUUAUGAUGGUAAAAUACUCGACCCAGAAUCUGAUAAGAAACGUGAUUCAAAACUGUUGUUAGGUGCUAUUGUGAUAGCAGAUGCUGAAUCUAGUAAAUCGAAGCGACGACGUGAUGUUGUUAAUGGUGGUAGUAACAGAUUAAAUAAAAAAGAACAAUCAGAUCAUAAAUCUGGUGGUAGUAAACCAGAAUCCAACAAAGAAAAUAAAAAGAUUAAUCCAAAACAUAAUGAAUAUGCUUCUAACAAUUCCAUUACAACACAACAACCACAUCUCCAACCACAAUCACAGACACAAACUUCUCAUACAUUAAACGACCUACCAAUAAAUCCAACACUUAAUAAUCAAGUAGAUGGACUAUUAAAUAACUUAUUGACAGAUGUAAAGACAAAAAAUCUUCUUGAAACAUUAUUUCCACAACAAAAUUUGUCACAGCUUCAAAAUUUGCCAGGUCCCUAUAGUAAUAAUCCGCCACCGCCACAAAUUAACCUACAAACUGUUUCGCCACUACCACAAAUUAAUCCACAAGCACAAUAUAAUAAUAGUCAUCAUCAUGUUCAACCUGCAUUUAAAGUUGCUUCCAAUAUUAGUUGGUUAAAACCAAGUAAAAAAUAA